CGUGUGGAACAAAUUUUAGGGACUGCAAUUUAGAUAUGGCUUUCUAUUUGUAGCCAACGCACGGAUAACGACGGAGCCCUUCCCGGCCCGCCCCCUCCCCUCACUUUGUCUUCGGUUCAUCACUCCUUGUUCUCUUUCUUCCUGUUUCCACAUCUCACCACCGUCCUCCUAAAAUAAGAACUCAGCGAGCGAUCGCUGGUGGCUAAAUUUGUUUUUUUUUUGUUUGUUUGUUUGAUUGAAUUGGUGGGGGGAGGGAUUCUUUGCGGCGUUGGAUUGCUGAUUUGUUGCUGUAAACGGAAAUGGCUGCGAUGGCGGAGAACGCGAUCGGGUCGGACAUCCACCGGCAGGCGGCGGCGGCGGCGGCGGCGGCGGAGACGGAGUACCAGAGGGACGUGAGGAAGCUGGUGGACCUGCUCUCCAAAUUGAAUCCAUCCGCCAAGGAGUUCUUCCCGUCGUCCUACGCCCCUGCCGCCGACGGAAGCGGCGCCAGCGCCGGCGGGGGAAGGAAUUCCAACGGGCGGCUCUCCGCCGAUGCGCCCAUUUUCGUGGCGUCGUCCGAUUAUAAUAAUAUCGACAAUCAGUUUGUUAAUGGGAGUAAUAAGGACUCGAGCAGCGAUGGAUCGGUGAACAAUCAGCCGAAUCACAGAAGGAGGAAUGGUUAUAACCAGGGGCGGAGGAAGAUGAAUGAUAGAGCCCGGAGAGCUAUGCGGGAGGAGAGCAUCAGGCGAACUGUAUACGUUUCUGAGAUUGAUCAGCUUGUCACUGAAGAGAAGCUUGCUGAAAUAUUUGCUACUUGUGGGCAAGUAGUUGAUUGCCGGGUUUGUGGUGACACCCAUUCAGUUCUACGAUUUGCAUUUAUAGAGUUUGCUGAUGAGGAUGGUGCAAGAGCAGCGUUGAAUCUUAGCGGGACCAUGCUAGGUUACUAUCCUGUCAGAGUCUUACCUUCGAAGACUGCUAUCUUGCCUGUCAAUCCUAAAUUUCUUCCACGGUCUGAGGAUGAAAAGGAAAUGGUUGUAAGGACAGUUUAUUGUACAAACAUAGAUAAGAGGGUUACUCAAACAGAUGUAAAGGUUUUCUUUGAACUAAUUUGUGGCAAGGUUUCUCAUCUGAGGCUUCUUGGAGAUAAUGUGCACUCCACACGCAUUGCCUUUGUUGAGUUUGUUCGGUGGCAUCUACAGGGCAAUCACAUCUGCAGUGGUGUCUAGAGGGCAACCACAUCACACAGAUGUGCGCAGGCACAUCUAUAGUGGCAUCUAGAGGGCAAUCGCACGCUUACACAUCUACAGUUGCAUCUACAGGGUAAUCACUCAUUUAUAUCUUCAUUUUGUAGGGCCAUGCAUACUUUUCAAAGGAUUGACAUGUAACACCAUUUCACAAUUUCAUUCAUUUAAGGAUUUUCAACCAUUUAUGUUCUUUGAAAUGUCCUUUGCACCCCCCUUCCUUUAUCCUCUUCUCACUUAAAACUAAUGCACCUUCUUCUGAACAUUUGCAUCAUGCCAGGGUGCUUUUUCUUGGUGACAUAUUAGUUUUGUAUAAUCUUGUCAUAUUAGAGCAUCUCUUAUGCCUCCAAUGACAUCAGAUAUCCUUCUGAAGAGUUCUUAGGUCAAUGCUUUCCCCUUAAAGCUUAUUUUAUCUCUUGGAUGGCAGUCAUAUAACUGUGUGGCAUCAUAAUUCUAAUUGAAUGCAAUAUCUCUCAGAUAAUUUUGGUUUCACAUCAUGGUUGAUUCAUAUCUUCUACCAAUUUGAAUCUUUCUUGCAGCCAUUCAUUUUUUGGUUUACAUCCAUAAUGGUUGGUACUUGGUAGCCGUUGAGUCUGAUGUUCUGUGCUUGAUAGCAAAUCCAUUCAUGGCUCCUACUGCAACACUAGGGCCAGCUUUGAAGUUCCAGUGAUGCAGUGAGAAGCUUGUCGAGUCACCGCUACAUAUUUUAGACAAGCUUCUAGGAUGCUGUUUAAGCUAAUGGUUCUAUUCAUAAAUGAUUUACUAUGAAAUUUGUGCCUUCUUGGAGGUUAUCUUGUUCCUAGAAGAGCAAGAGACCGGAUAUCAUUUUUUCAAUCUAGUGUUAAAGCCAAAUGUCAUGUGAUGGAUUAUCUUUUGUUCAUCUGGUUUUAUGGCCUUUUGACAUAGGUGCCUCAUUUAGGCCUGAAAAUUAUUGAAGUGCUAAGCUAGCAAUCAUUCCUUUUUUCCUUUUUUAAGGAGAA